AUGCGCUGGCCAACCGCAACCCUCGGUGCUGUGACACUCACAAGCUUCGCUACUGCCCAGGGGCAGUCAUCGUACUGCGAUAGCCUAGGCCGUUGUUUCGCUUCAUAUACGAACGAUGGCGGCAUUACGUAUGGAAUCGCUAUUCCCAACGGAGCUACUCCAGGCCAACCAUACGAUGCCAUUCUUCAAAUUACCGCACCUGUAGAGGUUGGCUGGGCUGGAUUGGCCUGGGGAGGCUCUAUGACAUACAAUCCCCUGACUAUUGUGUGGGCAAACGGCGACGAUGUGGUUGUCUCAUCCCGGAUAGCCUUUGGUACCUUCGUUCAAGGUCUCGACAUUUUAGGGUUGACCGUAAUCAGCGGCUACUUUACCCCUCCACCUUAUGAGGACGCCGAGUACACCGUUCUCCCCGGCACCGUCGUCAACGCCACUCACUUCUCGGUCACAGCUCUGUGCAAGGGAUGCACAUACUGGGCGCCAUUCGGAAAUGACCCGACAUCCCUGGACCCCAACGGAGAGAACUACCUGGCCUUCGCUUACUCGGGCGUACCCGUCAACGACCCCGCGGCCAAUGACACCACCUUCGGCAUUCACGAGCGUGUGGGACACUGGAUGCACAACUUCGAGCCCGCACAAGCUCCCGAAUUUGAACUCUGGGCUGGUGGUGAUGCCGGAAAUGGCCCUCCAGUCAGCACAGUGACGCAGACCACGUUGUUGACGACCUUCUCAACAUCGACAUUCCGUAGCACCACCACUCUACAGACCACCGUCACCAGUACAGGCUUCCCUCCCGCUGGCAGCACCACUACUACGGCCUCAACUUCGCGUCCCACGGCGACCCCAACCUCGUCUGCCGCCGCGUCCAGCGUUCCCGUGCUGCCUAUCCCUAGUUCGUGCUCGGGCGUAAACCCCUUCAGAUUCGGAUAUCAGACUGCCAGUGGCUGGAGGGCCAUCAAGUUGGCGGGUUCUCUCACCGGCCCUCGAGGUGUAGCGGUCGACUCAGAAGGCAACUUGCUCGUCGUACAGUCCGGCAAAGGUGUCACGAUUCACACCUUUGGGUCCGACGGCUGUGUUUUGUCAUCAAAGACGCUGAUCAGCAAUCCCUCGCUUAACCAUGGAAUCGGCUUCACGCCAGAUGGUAGGACGUUGUAUGUCAGUUCCAUGACUACCGCGUGGUCAUACACCUACGACGCAAAGGCACAGACCGUCGGUGGGCAGACCGUUGUGGUCAAGAACAUGCAGCAGGGAGGCCACCCGACACGCGCCCUGCUUAUCCCGCCGGCGACGCCACAUCUCCUCGUCAUACAGCAGGGGUCAUACAACAACUUUGACUAUGAUUCCCUCAACAAGUCUGUGGCCCGCGCUGUGGUCAAGGUCUUUGACAUGCGCAGCGUCCCGUCUGGUGGUUAUGCCUACGCCUCUCAAGGAUGGCUUCUGGGCUACGGUCUGCGUAACGAAGUUGCUCUUGCGGCCGACGGAAACAAUGCCAUCUGGGGCGUAGAAAACAGCGGCGACGACUUCACCCGCACAGUCAACGGUCAGAGCUACGACAUCCAUAACGACAACCCUGCCGAGGAACUCAACUUGCUUGGCGACCCUUCCAAGCCAAACGAGCAGUGGUAUGGUUACCCGACUUGCUUCUCCGUUUGGGAGCCUUCCGUCAUCACCGACAAGAGCUUUACCGUCGGCCAGCAAUUCGUCGUCGCUCCCAACAGCACCUUCAACGACGACACUUGCACUCAGCAGUCUGUUGCUCCAAGACUCUCGAUCCAAGCUCACAGCGCCCCCAUCGGCGUCGCUUUUGAUAAGACUUUCCAGAAUCUCUACAUGACACUACACGGAUCUUGGAACAGGUCACCAGCAACGGGCUUUAAGGUCUCAUCGAUUCCAUUUACCAGACUCCCAAAUGGAAACUACGACCCCGUUGCAGCGGCGAACUCCAAGACCGGUUACACAGACAUCUUCUGGAGCACCAAUGUUGGUAGCUGUACGGGCUCGACUUGCUUUCGCCCUUCCGGCAUCACCUGGGACCGCUCCUUCUCAAGGUUAUUCGUCGCCAGCGACAACACUGCUGAAGGAGAACUGUUCAUGCUCGUCAAGUCUUGA